AAGAACAGCCCCGAAAGCGGCAAAACGGGAAGCAGCGCUUCCGCUGCCCACGGUCCCGUGGGUGCUGGGGGAGCGGGAAGUGCCCGGGCUCCGGCCGUGGGAACGGCCCUGCCGACGGUGUCCCAGUGCCCGCCACCGUCCCGGUGCCCGCCACCACGGCGCCGUGUGGGAACAGCGGGGCUGUGCCAGCGCAGGGCACCAAGCGAAGCCUCUCAGGCCACCGUGCCCUGCUCCAUGCCCGCAGCCAGGGCUCCACAUCUCCAGCGGAGCGGCCAUUCGGUGCCACGCCCUGAUGCCACCAGGGUGGAAUCCUCCCCUGCCCUCCAGCACUGCACCCUGGAAUUGCUGGGGCCAGCAUGGAAUAACCAGGGAGCCCCUUGGCUCUGCCACGGUGCUCCAUCCCCAUGAGGGCUGGAGAAGGAGGGAUGGCCAAGCAGGUCAAGGUCAUUCCCAUGGCAUCUCUCUAGAACAUUCCCAUCCCCACCCGUGUCAAAGCAACCAGCUGUGCUCCUGCUGAAGACCUUGGGAUGCUUGGGGUGAAGUGGUGGUGGCCAUGUCCAUACCAUGGCAUAGGGUUUGCCAUGGAAACUGGGAGACUGGGGUGGGAAAGCGCUUGGUGAAGGACAAGGAGGGAGUAACAGGCAGGGGAAAGCAACCAGGAUGGAGCUGGGGCCCGGUGAGCGGGAGGAAGGGAGGCUGGUCGUGGCUGUGUGCUCAGCAAUAGGAAAUGCUUUAUUAGCUGGGAGUGGUGGAGAGAAGCCAGGCAGGAAGAGGCAGUAAUAAGAAACAUUUUUUUGACUUCUCCCACAUCCAGACCACAGAGCAGCUGCCAAACGGCUGCGUCGGACAACGGGGUCGCCAAGCCGAGCCCCUGCAGCCAGGCCGGGAAGGGUGACAUUCCCCCAGCGGGACGGGCACGGCCGUGGGAGCCCCCACGGUGACAGGAUGGGUGGCGGGAGGGGAGCAGAUCCAUGAAGAUCCUCCGAGUCAGGGCUCGGGGCACGGAGCAAAGCUGCCCCGGCUGAGCCAGAUCCACGAGCGGGAUCGCGGCCGGGAGAGCCUCGCCAGGGCCGGGCAGUGCCGUGGGCUCCUGCAGGACGUGGAUGCUGUAGGACGAUGCCGUGUGGAGCCGGUGGCCGGGUGGUGCUGGCGCUGAUGACCCUGUCCCUCAGCUUCGCAGCCGAGGAGCUGCUGUGUGCCUGCGACGUGCCCCACUGCAGCCAACCCAACUGCACGGGCAAGGUGUGCUUCGUCAGCAAGAGGAAGGAGGAGGGGACCAUCACCCAGCACCGGGGCUGCUUCUCCCAGAACAUCCUGGAGCACUGCCAAACGCCCGUGACGGAGCAGUACGGCAUGAGGUGCUGCAAGUCCCGCAUGUGCAACGCCGAGCUGGAGAUCUUCCUGCAAGGAGAAGAUGCCCUGGGAAAGACGCCUUCCCUACCCAACCUCCUCCUGAUGAUCUUCGUCCCACUGCUCGCCCUCCUCGUCCUCGUGGCACUCACAGCACUCUUCUGCUGGAAGGUGGCCCAGCACCGCCACAAGCAUAGUGACUUUGGUGACACAGACCUCAUGCUGAAGGCAUCCAUGGUGGGAGACAGCACCUUAGAGGACCUGCUCAAUGAUGACUGCACCACGGGCAGUGGCUCCGGGCUGCCCUUCCUCGUCCAGCGAACGGUGGCUCGGCAGAUCACCCUCAUGGAGUGUGUGGGUAAAGGGCGCUAUGGUGAGGUGUGGCGAGGCGUGUGGCAUGGGGAGAGCGUGGCCGUGAAGAUCUUCUCCUCCCGGGACGAGCAGUCGUGGUUCCGCGAGACAGAGAUCUACAACACCGUCCUCCUCCGGCACGACAACAUCCUGGGCUUCAUCGCCUCUGACAUGACGUCCAGGAACUCCAGCACGCAGCUGUGGCUCAUCACCCACUACCACGAGAACGGCUCACUCUACGACUACCUGCAGAGGACGGCCCUGGAUGUGGAGACCUGCCUGGGCUUGGCUUCCUCCAUCAUCUGCGGCCUCGUCCACCUCCAUGUGGAGAUUUUUGGCACGCAAGGCAAACCCGCCAUCGCCCACCGGGACUUGAAAAGCAGGAACAUCCUGGUGAAAAGCAACCGGCAGUGCUGCAUCGCAGACCUGGGGUUGGCUGUCAUGCACUCCCAGGGCAGCGACUACCUGGACAUCGGCAACAACCCCCGGGUGGGCACCAAGCGCUACAUGGCCCCGGAGGUGCUGAGCGAGCAGAUCCGCACCGACUGCUUCGAGUCCUACAAGAAGACGGACAUCUGGGCGUACGGGCUGGUGCUCUGGGAGAUCACCCGGCGGACGGUGGUCAAUGGCAUCGUGGAGGAGUAUCGGCCGCCCUUCUUUGACGCCGUGCCCAGCGACCCCAGCUUCGAGGACAUGAAGAAGGUGGUGUGUGUGGACCAGCAGACCCCCGUGAUCCCCAACCGCCUCUUCUCCGACUCGGUUCUGUCGGCACUGGCGAAGAUCAUGAAGGAGUGCUGGUACCAGAGCCCCUCGGCCCGUCUCACCGCGCUGCGCAUUAAAAAGACGUUGAAGAAGCUGAACAAUUCCGUGGAGAAGCCAAAAGCGGAGCAGUGAGUGCCGGGAACACACCGGAGCCGCUUACGGGCUGCGCCGGGGACGGGAUGGCUCCGGUCACAGAGGGGAUUUGCUCACAGCCCCUGCCUCUCCCACCCCCCCUUCGAGCCGUUUGAAUCUGCAAGGACGGAAAAAAUAGGAAAAAAAUCCAAAUAAAACCACCAAAGGAGGAAUCUUCCACCCGGCCAUAAAAAUACCCCCGGAUCCGUCACCCGACACCGGCGCGUCUCGCCGGGACGGCGGCGAUGGCAGCUGGUCGCCCACCCCGAGCCCCCAGGCUGGACGCCACGGCGAGGGGCACCGAUGACAGAACCAACCUCUGCUGCACCCCCAGCCCUCGGGGCACCCACCCAGCGCCGGCCGCGGAGCUGCCCAGACCCGCCCGCCCGGCGCUGGCAGCGGCAGGAAUUCCCCGGCAGAACUGCGGUGCCCGGCGCACCCCUCGCUAAAGGAGGGAUGGGUCUCGCUGGGAAAGGACGGUCCAAGGGCAGCACCGCCCUGGCCAGGCCAGAUCCGCACCGUGGAUUGUGGGGAUCCCAAGUACGAGGAGCUGCCGGCGUCGAGCGUGGCCUGAGCGUUCCGUGUGCUGCAGGGACCUGCCAAGCUGGGGGUCCCAUGGUGAUCCUUCCUUGCCGAGCAGCCAGCAUGCCCCUUGCCAAAGAAGUGCCCUUUUGGGUCUUUGCCAAUAUUUUGGUUUUUUCCGAGGUGUUUUGGCUCGGCCGGCUUCAUCCCGCGUUGCUCCCUGCCAUCCCAAAAUCCACCCCAUACUUGGAGAUGUUUGGACAUGACCAGGAUGGGAUGUUCAGCAGAACCAGCUUUGCCACAUAACUAUUUAAUUAUUAAGAUUUAAUAUAUUUAAUAAAGUGUAAAGCUAUUUUAUCGCCUAA